UGGCACCAGGGACGUGUGGGGCAUUAAACUGGCAUCGUCAGCAUCGGUUGCACAGCAGACGCCGGCUAGAAUGUCGCGCAAAAGGCCACGUGACAGCUUGGACAACAUGCCGGGCAACGGAAGUAACAGCACCGGUCGUCUAACAAUCGACGAGACGGUCUCGAUCACAAUCGAUCCGAACGGUGAGCUGGAGGAUCGAUUGGCUACACCGAGGCUACCUGCUGAUGAGGCCUCAGCUGCUUCACGGCAACUGACCGAUGGCAUCGGGACAAUGGACAGCAUGAACGGUAGCAGCAAACGGUUCAGUAGCAUACGGAUCGUAGACGAUGGCAUCGAGCCGGGUCACGGUGAUUACAUUUGGCCACCAUACACCGAGGGAGCCGUGAACGGGCACGUUAAUUUCGAUGCAGAAGCACCAAUCGGACGUCCCCGUUCGUCCGAUCUUGUUUCGCCUCCAUCGAUCUCUUCGAAUGGGUUGACGUCAGUGGCCACAUCGUCCGGAUUCGUUAGUCAGCAGGCGACCAGCGGUGUCGAGCAUAGCCCACCGGUGACGAUUUGCAAACAAGCGCCAUAUUCAACAGAGCUGGAUGCGAUUCGUGAAAGAGAUCGGUGCGAUUAUACACAGAAAAUUACGUACCAGAUGGCGCGUUCCGGAACGGCGCCCCGGAUGAUUCGCGUGUAUGCGGACGGUAUUUACGAUCUGUUCCAUCAAGGACAUGCCAGACAGCUGAUGCAGGCUAAAAACGUGUUUCCCAACGUGUACCUGAUCGUUGGAGUUUGCAAUGACAAACUGACCCACAGCCGAAAGGGCCGAACGGUGAUGAACGACGAGGAGCGCUAUGAAGCAGUACGGCACUGUCGCUACGUCGAUGAGAUUGUACGUGAUGCUCCUUGGGAAUUGGACGAUGAGUUUAUCGAAAAGCAUAAGAUUGACUUUGUGGCACACGAUGAAAUACCCUACAGUACGGAUGAUUGUAACGACGUGUAUGCGAAAAUUAAAGCCAAAGGAAUGUUUGUGGCGACUGAGCGUACCGAAGGCGUCUCGACGUCGGAUAUUGUGGCACGGAUCGUAAAGGACUAUGACAUCUACGUGCGCCGCAAUCUGGCCCGAGGAUACACCGCGAAGGAACUGAACGUGUCAUUCCUGUCGGAGAAAAAGUUCCGUUUCCAGAAUAAAAUGGUCGAACUGAAGGACAAGGUGCGCAAAGGCAAGGACGAUCUAAUCACCAAAUGGGAGGAGCGAUCCAGUGAACUGAUCAAAACGUUUUUGCUCAUGUUUGGGAAGGAACGAAUCUCAAUGUUUCUGUCCGAUUCGAAGCAACGCAUUCGCUCUGCUCUUAGUCCCCCCGGUAGCCCGGGCAGUGGCAGCAAUCACAGCCUGAACGAUAGUGAAGAUGAGCUGGAUUCUCCCGAUUCGAUGCACGAUUCGCCCCCCAGCAAGCGCUCAAACAACAGCGGAAAAGUAAUGAAGAUACGUCAUCAUCUAAUAUCCGAAACGGACGAUGAGGAACACGUUCUACGUGGCCUACAGUCACCUGCACAGGCGCAUGACGACGACGACGACGACGAUGAGGACGACGAGGACGACGAUGAGGCCUACCUAGACACUCGCUCGCGACCAUCCUCGAAUUACAAUAUUUCCCUUAUGGCUGGUGGCGAUGGUAGCAGUAGCGAGGCGGCCCUUAACAGCAGUAGUGUCAGUGGAAAUCGAAAUAAUGGCAAUCGGCACUACUAAUGAUUAAAGAGCCAACUCAUCUAAAGCAUUGGGGACAUACACAAACACACUCCCAAUUGCAAUUACUCUCGAGCGAACUACAAUAAUGUUCCCCGAAGGUGUUGUCCUAUUGCUGUAACCUGUACCAACCGCUCGUUGUUAUGUGACAAUUUGAGGAGUGCCGCUGACAGUAGUACAUGAGAAACCAACGGAACACUUUGAAACCUUGCCCGCCAAAUAACAGCUAUCUAUAAGGAUAUUUAGUAUGGCUAAAUUCCAUUUAUCUGCCUGAAAACCAAUCCCCAUCGUACGCGUGUUCCUGCAAGAAUUUUUUUGUCUGAAGGCAUCCGCGCCGUAUAAGAAGCAAUCUGUUGAGUAUUACCGUUGGCUGGAAGAAAUAGUAGGCCAAGUAGCAGAGAUGAUUGUUUCGUUAGCAUAUGCAAGCAGUUGAGCUACUGCACUAUAGACGAGUUGUAUUCUUUCUACUUCAUAUGGAAUGGGGCUUUGUAGGAAUACUUAAUGCUCGUAUAGCAACGCGUACUCAGGGAGCAUCGAAAGGCGUACACGAAUAUUCGAAAAAAAAACUGCUCGUAAAUUCGUCUGAUUGAGCAGAAGGGUGGGGGUAUGGUAGUUGGGAUGAGGAAAGCAACAGAAGAGAUAGCGUUUGGUGUCACAUGUGAGAAAUCGGUAGCAAAGAACCAUGUAAUAAGUUAAAGUGAGGGUUUGUGGCGCACUAAAUUAUUAAUCGAAAAUUAUGUCUAUUAUAUUUAUUGUUUCUAUUGGUUCGUUCUUAUCGUUUCAAUCGAGAAAAUGCUGCGUGUUUUCACGCCUUGAAAGCGGCAGCAUGCAGAAGGAAUCUUAUGUAAAGCGUAGUAAAAGGGGUAUUAUAAAACGUUUGUUCAGCAGAGCUUUUUUGGUAGAAGACGACUAUGCGAACCCGUGUAUCGAUUGGUAGUAGGACCGUUGUUACUACUACAUCUAUAGUAAAGGAAAAAAAUAGUAGCAAAAAAUAAUACACUUUGUUGAGGAUAUCUAUACAUCGAUAUGGUCUCGGAUAGUGCGUUUAAAUUUGUUCAUUCUGAGAAAUGUGAUAUCAAAAGCCGACCUGCGGAUGAUCGAAGAUCGGUCGUACUAUCGCGCAGUUCAGAGGAGAGCGAUGAAUUGGCUAAAUUUAAUUUAUGGUAACACGAAAGAGAACUACACCAAAUGCUAAUUCAUUAUGUUUCUAACAAUCUGAAUGCUAUUUUGCGAUAUCAAGCUAGUGAAUGUGUGUUUUUUAUCUGCCGAUUAUACCUUAAUUGCUUGUGUGCAAAUGCUUCCGUCUAACGAAGCAAAGAUUAACGUUUCGUUUUUUUUUGUUUACCGUUUGUCGUUAUGUUUUCUUUUCUCGGAGUCGCAUUGUUCGGAGACAGAUAAGGUAAAUUCGUUCAUUUGUCACAGUAUGGCAAUGGCUAUAACAUCCCGUGCUCUUACAGUGCAUUCUCAGCGCACUGUUCUCCGCAUUUGGACUUUAUUUUUUAAAAGCUUUACUUGGGCCUUAGCUCGUGUUUAUUUUCAUGUAUUAAUCCGUUUGGAGUUUGAGUAGUUGAUUAUCUGAUGCUGUCUGAAGCAAAGUUCAACUGUUGCACAUUCCGUUACUUUCGAAGGAAAGGCAUAAGACUCAUUGUAUAGAAAAGGCAAAUUAAAGCUCACGUCUUGGGACUAUACCAUGCAAACUGAAAGUUAACUUUUUUGACAUAGUGCGUACGCUGCUUCUUUCCGUUGUUGUUCGGAUUGAUACGAUGUGGUUUGAAAAAACAGAAUGUUUUCCGAUGAACAGGGGCAAGCUGCUGAAUUGUUGGUUAGUAAUAAUUCGAGGCACAUUUUUUGUAUAACCACGACAUUGCUGGGAUAUCGUUAAGGAGGUCGAGGCUGCUUGAGUACCACAGAUUGAGGAUUCUUUUAGAAUGUGAAAACAAAGGUUCAAUAGUACAGCAAAGGCUUGAAUGAAACAGCUGAUAGCAUUAACCACUAAAGCAUCCAUGUUACACCCUACAUAGUCAGUAGAGCAAAUGCAAGCUAAAGAAUAUCUUAUUGCAUGUUCUAGAAACGUAGUGAAAAACCAGGAGUCCUUUAAAAUCCAAAGUAACUAAAAUUUUGAAAGUAAUACCUGCUAGUUUUUGACAACUAGACACACAUUGUUACGAAAAAAUACGAUGAACCAUAAAAAUAA